AUGUUAAAGAAUUCCAAUACUAUUAAAUCAUGGAGUCUCCGAAGUGAAAAUGAAGGCCGAGUGAUUGCUAAUGCAGUUACAAAAAAUUAUUUAAAACCAACUGCAGCUAGUCUAAAAAGAAAUAGAUUUGUAUUAGCUGACGUGACUACUAGAGCUAAUUCAAGAUCCAAACAAGCAUCAAAUAUUAUUAAACAGAAUAGUAUUAAAAAACCAACUAAUAAUAUUGCGUCAUAUUCAUAUAAAACAACACAUGUUAAUAACAAAAGUAUUAAUAAUGAUAAUAAUAAAUAUAAUAAUACAUUAAGUCUAAGAAACCAACAGAUAGAGUAUCAGGAAAAAACAUUAGAUUCUAAUAUACUAUUGGAAAAAAAAACAAUAUAUAAAGAUGAAAGCAUUGAGGAUGACACGCAUAGAAGUGUAAAUCAUUUAGAUAAUGACAUAUAUAUAAGUGAAGAUAAUUUUGAAAUGAAGGAAGAAGUUAUUGAACCUUUAUUACCAUAUUUGGAUAAAAAUAUUGAAAAAACCCUAGAUGAAGCUGUUAUGAGAUAUUUCUCUCCAAUACCUGAUUCUAAUGAUGAAGAUACUUAUGACCCAGUUAUGGCAGUAGAAUAUAAUGUAGAUAUAUUUACUUAUAUGAGAAAACUUGAAGUGAAAUAUUCACCUAAAUCAAACUAUAUUGAUCUACAACCUCAACUUAAAUGGCAUCAUAGAGCCGAGUUAUUAGACUGGUUAAUACAGGUUCAUGAAAGAUUUCAAUUAUUACCUGAAACAUUAUUCUUAGCAAUAAAUAUAAUGGACAGAUUCCUAUCAAAGAAGAUAGCCACUUUAAACAGAUUCCAACUAGUCGGAAUAACUGCAUUAUUUAUUGCAUGUAAAUAUGAAGAAAUACACAGUCCUACAUUAAAUGACAUUAUCUAUAUUUUAGAUAGUGAAUACACCAGAGACGAUAUUUUACAAGCAGAAAGUUUUAUGCUUAAUACCUUGAAUUUUGAAAUCAGUUGGCCUGGUCCCAUGUCCUUUUUAAGAAGAAUUAGCAAAGCUGAUUCAUACGAAUAUUCGAUUAGAACUUUGUCAAAGUAUUUUCUGGAGACCACAAUACUGGAUUCAAGAUUAAUAUCUUCACCUCCAAGUUGGUUAGCUGCUGGUGCAUACUUCCUUAGUCGUAUAAUAUUAAAAGAUGACCAAUGGUCAUUAAAACACUGUUACUAUUCCGGUUACACAAGAGAACAAUUAUUACCACUGGUAUUAAUUAUAUGUGACAACUGUAAAGAAGGCAAAGUUAAACAUAAUACAAUCUGGAAAAAAUAUUCUGAUAUAAAAUACCACAAAUCAAGAGAAAUAUUUGAUCAAUGGGUAGAUUCAAUUAUAGAAUAG